AUGCCGCCAGUACGCAACCCUAUCCUUCCCGGCUUCAACCCCGACCCCUCAAUUCUCCGGGUCGGGGAUGACUAUUAUAUCGCCACGUCAACAUUUGAAUGGUACCCGGGGGUGCAAAUCCAUCAUUCCAAAGAUCUAGCUAAUUGGGAUCUCAUCGUGCGACCAUUGACACGGAAGAGCCAGUUGGAUAUGCGGGGAAAUCCCGAUAGUUGCGGCAUUUGGGCACCAUGUCUGAGUCACGAUGGUGACAAAUUCUGGCUCGUUUAUACCGACGUCAAACGUAAAGAUGGUUCUUUCAAGGAUGCACAUAACUACAUCGUUACUGCACCGAAAAUUGAAGGGCCGUGGUCGGAUCCUAUCUAUGUCAAUUCCUCCGGUUUUGAUCCGUCUUUGUUUCAUGACGAUGAUGGGAAGAAAUGGUUUGUUAAUAUGCUAUGGGAUCAUCGCCGCCGGCCCCGUUUAUUCGCUGGAAUUGCACUUCAAGAAUUUGAUCCAGUUCAGGGUAAGCUGGUCGGCAAACGAGAAAACAUCUUCAAAGGCACGGAAUUAGAUCUUGUGGAGGGUCCACAUUUGUACAAACGCAACGGGUGGUACCACCUUCUUACUGCCGAAGGUGGCACUGCGUAUGAGCACGCUUGCACUUGGGCGAGGUCACGAAGUAUCUCCGGCCCAUAUGAAGUACAUCCUCAGAAACACGUUGUUACAUCCAAGGAUGCUCCAUUUGUGGCCUUGCAACGCUCUGGGCAUGGAAGCAUAGUUGACACCCCGGAUGGCAAAACAUAUAUUGUCCAUUUAACGGGACGGCCUGUCGGUCAAAACCGCCGCUGUGUGCUCGGACGAGAGACGGCUAUACAAGAAGGGUACUGGAAGGAUGAUUGGUUCUAUGUGAAGAACGGUCCUGUUCCGUCAUUAUACACCGAUGUCCCGGGUGCCCGGGAUGAGUCGGAUUACUGGGCAGAGAAGAAUUACCAAUUCAACGAUAGCACUCUUCCGAAAGACUUCCAAUGGUUGAGGACCCCGGAGCCAGAUCGAAUCUUCUCUGUCGACAAUGGAAAGCUUUCGCUCAUUGGAAGAGAGUCUAUCGGCUGCUGGUUCGAACAGGCCCUUGUAGCACGACGACAGACCCAUUUCUCCUACGAUGCAGAGACCGUUGUUGACUUUUCGCCAGAUGAUGAGCGUCAAUUCGCAGGCCUUGUAGCUUACUACUCCACAUACAACUUCUUCUACCUGACUGUUACGGCAGACUCAGACGGCGAACGUGAAAUUUCCGUUUUGAGUUCCGAAGCCUCUUGGCCUGACGGUGAUUUGACACUUCCUGGUCUGAAACCCAUUCGGAUUCCAAAGACAGGCAAAGUGAAACUUGCUUUGUCCAUUCGCGGUGGUCAGACCUUGCAGUUUUCGUAUGCGCUGGAAGGACAGGAAUUGCAGACAAUCGACACGGUUUUCGAUGCGUCCCUUUUGUCAGAUGAAUGUGGGGGACAUCAGGCACACGGAAGCUUUACCGGUGCAUUUGUUGGCGUGGCAUGUUCGGAUCUCAAUGGCACAGCAAAAAGAGCGGAUUUUGAGUACUUUGUAUAUCGGCCGGUGAAAGACGGCGCUGACCGUUAUGAUAUCUAA